GCCGCGCCGCAGGUGACCCGGAGCCGGUCGCCGCCCGCAGCGCCCCCGACCCCUUUGUGAGCGGCUGCGGAGCCCGGGGCCGGGCGCGAGGCUGAUGCGGGCCGGCAGCUGACGUGCGCCCCGGCGGCGGGGAGGCGCGGAGCGCGCGGGUGGUCCCGGUGCCACUGACUUCGCGGGUUCCUGGGCACCCGCCGAAAGAUAAACUUCUCACCAUGAAAGCCCCUGCUGUGCUUGCACCUGGCGUCCUUGUGCUUCUGUUUACCUUGGUGCAGAGGAGUGAAGGGGAAUGCAGAGAAGCGCUGGUGAAGUCGGAGAUGAAUGUGAACAUGAAGUAUCAGCUUCCCAACUUCACUGCCGAGACGCCCAUCCAGCAUGUGGUUCUGCAUAAGCAUCAUAUUUACCUCGGGGCUGUGAACUCCCUUUAUGUUUUAAACGACAAAGACCUGCAGAAGGUUGCCGAAUACAAAACAGGCCCGGUGCUGGAACACCCAGACUGCUUGCCCUGCCAGGACUGCCACCACAAAGCCAAUUCAUCAGGUGGCAUUUGGAAAGAUAACGUCAACAUGGCACUGCUUGUUGACACAUACUACGAUGACCAGCUCAUUAGCUGUGGCAGCGUCCACAGAGGGACCUGCCAGCGACACGUGCUGCCCCCGGACAAUACUGCCGACAUCCACUCGGAGGUUCACUGCAUGUACUCCUCACAGGCGGACGAAGAGCCGAACCAGUGUCCCGACUGCGUGGUGAGCGCCCUGGGAACCAAAGUCCUGCUGUCGGAGAAGGAGCGUUUCAUCAACUUCUUUGUGGGCAACACUAUCAACUCUUCUUAUCCUCCCAAUCAUUCCUUGCAUUCUAUCUCCGUGAGACGGCUGAAGGAAACGCAAGAUGGUUUCAAGUUCUUGACAGACCAGUCCUAUAUUGAUGUCCUGCCUGAGUUCCGAGACUCUUACCCCGUUAAGUACAUCCAUGCCUUCGAGAGCAACCAUUUCAUUUACUUCCUGACAGUCCAGCGGGAAACGCUGGAUGCUCAGACUUUCCACACGAGAAUAAUCAGGUUCUGUUCCACAGACUCCGGGUUGCAUUCUUACAUGGAGAUGCCUCUGGAGUGUAUUCUCACAGAGAAGAGAAGAAAGAGGGCCACAAGGGAGGAAGUGUUCAAUAUUCUCCAAGCUGCGUAUGUCAGUAAACCCGGGGCCCAUCUCGCUAAGCAAAUAGGUGCCAACCCGAAUGAUGACAUUCUCUACGGGGUGUUUGCCCAGAGCAAGCCGGAUUCUGCCGAGCCGAUGAACCGCUCUGCAGUCUGUGCAUUCCCUAUCAAGUAUGUCAAUGAAUUCUUCAACAAGAUUGUCAACAAAAACAAUGUGAGGUGUCUCCAGCACUUCUAUGGACCCAACCACGAGCACUGCUUUAACAGAACGCUUUUGAGAAAUUCAUCGGGCUGUGAAGCACGCAGUGAUGAAUAUCGGACAGAGUUUACCACGGCUUUACAGCGAGUUGACUUAUUCAUGGGCCAGUUCAACCAAGUCCUCCUAACCUCUAUAUCCACCUUCAUUAAAGGAGAUCUCACCAUCGCAAAUCUUGGCACUUCAGAGGGUCGCUUCAUGCAGGUUGUGGUUUCCCGAUCAGGAUCAUCAACUCCUCAUGUGAAUUUCCUCCUGGAUUCCCACCCUGUGUCUCCAGAAGUGAUUGUAGAACACUCCUCGGAACAAGAUGGUUACACAUUAGUUGUCACGGGGAAGAAGAUCACCAAGAUCCCGCUGAACGGCCUGGGCUGUGAGCAUUUUCAGUCCUGCAGUCAGUGUCUCUCCGCCCCUGCCUUUGUGCAGUGUGGCUGGUGCCAGGAUAAAUGUGUGCAAGUGGAGGGAUGCCCCAGUGGAACGUGGACUCAAGAGACCUGUCUGCCGACAAUCUACAAGGUUUUCCCAACCAGUGCACCUCUUGAAGGAGGAACAACAUUGACAGUAUGUGGCUGGGACUUUGGAUUCCGGAGGAAUAAUAAAUUUGAUCUAAAGAAAACCAAGGUUCUCCUUGGAAAUGAGAGCUGCACGUUAACCUUGAGUGAGAGCACAACAAAUAUGUUAAAAUGCACAGUUGGUCCUUCAAUCAAUGAACAUUUUAAUAUGUCACUAACUGUUUCAAAUGGUCGAGAGGCUGCACAAUAUAGUACAUUUUCUUAUGUUGAUCCCAUAAUAACAAGUAUUUCUCCAAGUUAUGGCCCUCAGACUGGCAGUACUUUACUUACUUUAACUGGAAAAUACCUCAACAGUGGAAAUUCUAGACACAUUUCAAUUGGUGGAAAGACGUGUACCUUAAAAAGUGUGUCAGAUAGCACUCUCGAGUGUUAUACCCCAGCCCAAACCACUUCAACUGAGUUUCCGGUUAAACUGAAAAUUGACUUAGCCAACCGAGAGACGGACAGCUUCAGUUACCGGGAUGACCCCAUUGUCUAUGAAAUUCACCCAACCAAAUCUUUUAUCAGUGGUGGGAGCACAAUAACAGGUGUUGGAAAAAAUCUGGAUUCGGUGAGUGUCCUGAGGAUGGUGAUAACCGUACACGAAGCAGGAAGGAACUUUACAGUGGCAUGUCAACAUCGCUCUAAUUCAGAGAUAAUCUGCUGUACGACUCCUUCAUUGCAACAGCUGAAUCUGCAGCUCCCCCUGACAACCAAGGCCUUUUUCAUGUUAGAUGGGAUCCAUUCCAAAUACUUUGAUCUCAUUUAUGUACAUAAUCCCGUGUUUAAGCCUUUUGAAAAGCCAGUGAAGAUCUCAAUAGGCAAUGAAAAUGUACUGGAAAUUAAGGGGAAUGAUAUUGACCCUGAAGCAGUUAAAGGUGAAGUGCUAAAAGUCGGAAAUAAGAGCUGUGAGAAUAUUCACUCAUAUUCUGAAACCGUUUUAUGUACAGUCCCCAAUGACCUGUUGAAAUUGAACAGUGAGUUAAAUAUAGAGUGGAAGCAAGCAGUUUCUUCAACUAUUCUUGGAAAAGUUGUAGUUCAACCAGAUCAGAAUCUCACGGGAAUGAUUGUUGGUAUUGUUUUAAUAUCAGUAAUGCUCUUACUACUACUUGGCCUUUUCCUGUGGUGGAAAAAGAGAAAGCAAAUUAAAGAUCUGGGCAGUGAAUUAGUUCGCUAUGAUGCAAGAGUACACACUCCUCAUUUGGAUAGGCUUGUAAGUGCCCGAAGUGUAAGCCCAACUACAGAAAUGGUUUCAAAUGAAUCUGUAGACUACAGAGCUACUUUUCCAGAAGACCAGUUUCCUAACUCAUCUCAGAACGGAUCUUGCAGACAAGUUCAGUAUCCUCUGACGGACCUAUCCCCCAUCCUCACUAGUGGGGAUUCUGAUAUAUCCAGUCCAUUACUGCAAAAUAGUGUCCACAUUGACCUCAGUGCUCUAAAUCCAGAGCUGGUCCAGGCAGUGCAGCACGUAGUAAUUGGGCCCAGCAGCUUGAUUGUGCAUUUCAAUGAAGUCAUAGGAAGAGGACAUUUUGGGUGUGUGUAUCAUGGAACCUUGCUGGACAAUGAUGACAAGAAAAUCCAUUGUGCUGUGAAGUCCUUGAAUAGAAUCACUGACAUAGAAGAAGUGUCUCAGUUUCUGACUGAGGGCAUCAUUAUGAAAGAUUUCAGCCAUGCCAAUGUUCUCUCACUGUUGGGAAUCUGCCUGCGAAGUGAGGGGUCUCCACUGGUGGUUCUACCAUAUAUGAAACAUGGAGAUCUUCGAAAUUUCAUUAGAAAUGAGACUCAUAGUCCAACUGUAAAAGAUCUCAUUGGCUUUGGUCUUCAAGUAGCCAAAGGCAUGAAAUAUCUUGCAAGCAAAAAGUUUGUCCACAGAGACUUGGCUGCAAGAAACUGUAUGUUGGAUGAGAAUUUCACUGUUAAGGUUGCUGAUUUUGGUCUUGCCAGAGAUAUAUAUGAUAAGGAAUACUAUAGUGUCCACAACAAAACAGGAGCGAAACUGCCAGUGAAGUGGAUGGCUUUAGAAAGUCUACAAACUCAGAAGUUCACCACCAAGUCAGAUGUGUGGUCCUUUGGUGUGCUCCUCUGGGAGCUGAUGACAAGAGGGGCACCGCCUUAUCCAGACGUCAAUACAUUUGACAUCACAAUCUACUUGUUGCAAGGCAGGAGGCUCUUACAACCUGAAUACUGCCCAGAUCCCUUGUAUGAAGUGAUGUUAAAAUGCUGGCACCCUAAAGCUGAACUGCGCCCAUCCUUCUCUGAACUGGUCUCCAGGAUAUCGGGGAUAUUCUCCACUUUCAUCGGGGAACAUUAUGUCCAUGUGAACACUACUUAUGUGAAUGUCAAGUGUGUCGCUCCCUAUCCUUCUCUUUUGUCCUCACAAGGUAAUGUUGAAGGCCAGGGGGACACAUGAUGCUGCCCAAGACACUCUCGAAGAAACAUCAUAGAACUGUCAAAACAGUCCCACCUCAUCCAAGAUUAUUUUCACUGCCUGGUCAAUGGAAGGUCACAAGAUGUCUUUUGUUUUUGUCAAAAUUGCACUAUGACAGAACCUUGUGUUAUUUUUAAAGUGCUGGGUUUUAAGGAAUUUCUCAUCUGACCAAGCAUCGGAGCCAGAAACUUGGCCCUACAGGCCAGUGAUUCGGGACAGCCCUGCUGCAGGGAGGUCGAAUCUGCCACCUUCAGGCCAAACCCUGGAUUCUGGAUUAAAACUUAGAAAAAUCAAGAUGUUACCUGAUUCCCUGUGGAGUAUGGAGGAGAUAAUAUGGAGGCCACUUGGUCACAGAACAUUUUGAAGAAGUGGUAAUGUCCAGGAGAGAUGUGGCAACCUCCAAACUAGGCUACUCGUUUAGAAAUCAUGUCUUUCAAAGAACUUUUUUGUGUGGUGUGGUCACAAACCACAUCAGUGGUUAUUCAUUACUGUUUUUCAUUACUGAUGUCAUUUUCCUGUUAGGCAAACCAUUCCCUUUUAAAUUGUGGCAUACACAUUCCUCUUACUGCAGAAAUAUCCCUAGGCAAUGCAGUCAACAUUUUAAGACAGCAGGACAUGAUUGUGUUUAUAAAUUAACAGGGAUAUUUACAUAUUGUACAUAGAUGCCUUUAAGAAGGUUUUCAUAAAGUAGAAGAGUCACAACAAAAUAGUUGUCAUUUAAAAAUCAACUAAGAAUGAAAAUGUCCUGGUUUAAUGAAUGUGGAUAUCUAGAUGUUUUUGUCUGUCUGUAUUUUUUUAAUGAAAAUAAAACAAGUACUUUGUGAUAAGUGUUUUUAAAGGUAACAGCAUGUUUUUAAAGCAUAAUACAUCUGACUAAAAGGUUCAUUGAUCCCAAUCGUGGCUGAUAGGUAUAGCGAGGAAAGGAUCAGUGGACUGGAAAUAUUAGCCUCUUUCUCAGGUGGCAACUUUCCACCCCACAAGUAGACAAUAGAAGAGACCAGUUUUGCAUUAAUACAUAAUUUUUGUUAAGCUUAAUAUAUUUUGAGGACAAAAAGGCAAUGGAAAGUUCUGGCCAUUUUGCCUAGAUAAACAGUUACGUUCGUGACGUUUUGUUCUGUGAUAUUUUGUGCUUACUACUGUAUAGUGCAUGAGGCACAGGAUAAUGUAACUGGUUUUGUCAAUGUAACAUUUAAAGUUUUAUAUUUUUAUAAAAAUGUUUAUUUUUAAUGAUAUGGAAAAAACUUUUGUUAGGCCACAAAAACACUGCACUGUGAACAUUUCAGAAAAGGAAUGUCAGGCUUGGAUUAAUGACAAUGUGGUUUUGAAUGACUAUAAAUAGUGAUAAGGAUAUAUACUGAUAGCCCGUAUAUGCCCCACCCUAUUACAUCACCAGGACUUAAAGCCAAGGGUUAACAUAGCAAGCUAUAAAGUGACUGUGAUACACUGAGACUCAGUGGGCUGUUGUUCCAAGAGAGUGAUUACACCCAAAAGCUCUUUAACAAUGAUGGAACUUACCAGAAGACCCAAGGAAUUGUACUGGAGAGACACAUUUAUUUCCUAAGUACUUAGAAUAAUAUGAAUUCACAGAGAAUUAUAAAUGGUGGUGACCCCAAAAAAUAUAUAUAUACAUAUAUAUAUUCUGCAAAAAGAAAUCUCUCUGCCCAUGUCAAGAGAAAUUAUAUCAAGAACAGAAAGAGUGUAUUGAAAUAACCAUCAACAAUACUACACAUCUGUAUAUAAGAAAGCUGCAAUGUGAAAAUCAUGUUUGCUAUUUAGAAACAUGUCCUUAGGUUAAUGUAUCUAAGCAGAUUGUGGGAGUAAGUGAUUCUUCUAAGAAUUAGAUACUUGUCACUGCCUAUACCUGCAGUUGAACUGAAUGGUACUUUGUAUGUUAAUAGUUGUUGUUCUUCUUAUCAAUCAUAAGAUUAAAUUGUUGUAUCUUGUAUC